AUGCCCCUUGUCAAGGCAACCGCUCAUCCAGCCGGCUUCAUCCGCGUUCUAGGCGUUGAUAAGGGGGAAAAGAGCCCUCUCAAGCCCUCUGGCGCUGGUAUCAAAAAGCUCACACAUAACUCCACCAUCAGUUCAUACAAGCCUCCCGCCAACCUGAACUCGACCAAGCCAGCCUCCAGCACCAACAUCUCAUCUUCUGGAUCAUCUGCCUCUACCUCAAAGACUGCCGAGGCACCCAGAGUCAAGAUGCCUGCUAAGGCCCCCAAGCAGACCAAGAAAAUCACCAACAUUCUGGGCCGUACUAGGCGCACCAAAAAGCUCCUCUCAGCCGCAUCGCUCCCCGGCCUAGUUCCAAUCUCAAGUUUCGGCUCAAGGGCCUCCGCGCUGCGUGCGAGCCUUGUCCCACCUCCUCAAGAAGAUUCUUCCAAAAUACGAUCGAAGUCAGGACACCACUCUUUAGGGCCUCAGUAA